AUGGAACGUAUCGCUGGAGAGCUCGGCGUGGGUAUCACUCACCGUCCGACAGCGACCAUGCGCAGCAAAAUCAUGCAAGUGAAGGAUCGCCUAGACGUGGGUGAACAAUCGGGCGUCGUCUAUCAGAUCCCAUGUCGGGACUGCCCUCGCCACUACACUGGACAAACCGGACGACGACUUAGCUCACGGAUAACGGAGCACAAACGGGCGGUCCGGAGAGGCGACCCGUUGUCUCAGGUCGCCUCUCACACCCUGGAGGAAGGCCACGAAUUCAACUUUACGAGCACGCGGAUAGUGGCACGGGCCAGCAAUAAGACAGGACGAGAACUGUUAUAGGCCUGGGUGUCUGACACCAACUCUAUCAACAGGCACGCUGAUAUACCCCCCUGCUAUCACGCGCUCCGUUCCCGCGGCCAAGGGGCGAGACCCAAUUUCCAGCCAAGGGUGCACGCAGUCACGCCACCGUGAGACGGCGUGGGACGCAACUUAUCGCGAAUACCACCCUCUGCACUCAUAUCUCCCCCCCCCCUUCAUGGCGUGACAACAAAAACCGCUCAUUUGAUGUUGCCUUCUAACAGUCUCUGACGAUGGCCUCCUGUACGAGACCGAAAGCUCAGACUAAUAAACCCACAGUCCCAGAGAUCGGGUCUUUAUCUUCUUUACAACAAGAACCCGGGAUUCGCAUAUUCGCUUCCAUCCCUAACACUAACUUCCUGGAAUUUAGACCACGGUCAUCUUUAUUACAUUGGUAGGAGUUCCUAAUCUCGUGUUCUAUCGAAAUGGCAAUUUUAUUUGCAGCCAGUCCAUCUGUUGAUGUCUCAUACGAGACGGUCGGUGGAAUUCCACCCACGAGUUUGGAGAGCGCAUUUCCUGCAACUACGGUUUAAGUCGAGGAAUUCUACGGAUGGCUGAUGAUAAUACGCUAGGUGUGCUAAUUGAUGAAAUGUUAACCGAAAUUCUGAAAUGAGUUUUCGACUCGAAGAGACUUCUUAGGUUGGGUUGUAAUAUUAAGCCUCAUGCAGCAUAAUCCCAUAAUAAUUCGGUUAUCUCUGGAUACCAGCUUUUGAAAAAACUUCUUUUCGACCGCAUGCAACAACCACACUCCGUGAAAAAUGACUACUUAAGUAGCAGGAAAUUUUCUCGUUGCUUUUCGAUGUCCUUGAAAAUCCAGUUAUAUUUCAUGGGAAAUAUGCAUAAAAUAUUCAUUCUUUUGCGCAUUCGGUGGGAAAUCAUGUCUUUCUCCAAUUUUAUACUCAAAGGAAAUGUAUAAUUAGGUUUUAAAAAGUUUUAGUACUGUGAAAUGUCCGUUCAUAAAACAGCGUGUCUCUGCAUUUACUAGUGUUGCUUGUAAAUGUUACAAUAUGGUCCAAAUCCACUGCUAAAUUUUAUGAACCCCAUAUGUUCUUCAUUUAAUACCGUAGAGCAAUUUAUGGUUUUCCGUACGCAGAAAAUAUAUGACUGUUAGAUUUUAAACUUUGAAUACAAGUGUGACGACAGGUCGGGUUCAAACUAUUCGAGCAUUGAAAAAGUUUUUAAAAACCGAAUUACGCCUUUUCCUUCGAGUAUAAUAUUAGGAAUAAGCGUAGUUUCUACCGAAGGAGUGAAAGAGUGAAUGCUUUUAUGCAUGUUUCCGUGAAAUAUAAAUGAAUCUUUGGGACAUGGAAAAUCAACGAAAAAAAGUUAUGCUGCAUAAGUAGUCACUUUUACAGAGUGUGGUUUUCGCAAGAGGCUGGAAAGAUGUUCCUUCGAAAGCCGGCAUCCCAAGGCGACUGAAUUAUUAUGGGAUUAUGCUCCAUGAUAAUGAAUUUUAAAACCAUACUCAAGUAAUCUUUUCGAAACAGAAACGCAUUUCAGAAUUCCGAUUAACAUUUCCUGAGGUAACACACCUGCUGUAGACAGGUCAUAAUUAGGCCCUUCCAAGUCCCUCCCCUCCCACUUCUUGUCAGUGAAACUGUGGACGGACUGAUUCCUCGUACCUACGCUCUCGGUCCCUUUCAUGCGACUUCCUGAAUGCCGACUGGUUUAAUGGUUCCCUAAGGAGAGUGCAACCCGCCUCUCAUUGCAUCUCUGCGGCAAGGUUGCAUUCCAACUGCACAGUUGUUCACUACUUCCACAUGUUCCACUAAAAUACUUUUAGUGAUUUCACACCAUAAAAUGUAAAAUUUCGCGUCCCGCCUUUGAACUUCAUGCAUUUACUGUCUUGAGGGGAGUAUUUUUAAUUGAGAACUGGAUUCAGAAAUGUUGAUAAUUGACGUCUUAGUACGUUGAUGAUUAUUAUUAUUAGUAUUAUUAUUAUUAUUCGUGCAGAUAGCCAUGAGGAAGGUCAAAAACCCUCCAAUAGAUGUAACAAAUACUUCUUAGGAACACCAAACAGCCUGAAGCAUGAAGCGCGUACUUGUACGCGUCCUUAAGGGCGUGAGGAAAGAUUGGAGGAUUGAAAGCGUCAACACCUGAUGGUAUUUAAAUCGCCUUGUCAGUCUACACGAGAAAUGUUGUCGGCACGAGGAUGAAUGUUGGAACUGUCGCUAGGCCUAUUUUACGUCGUUAGUCGGCUAAAAUUCAACCCCGGGCAGUGGAAACUCCGAACUAAAGUCCAGCUUAACUUAGGCGUCGAGCCGCGUACACCUGCUAUGCAGACAGUUAAGGAGGGGGAGGGGGCUUCCGCCUAAGCUCCCUAAAUACACGAGGUAAUCGGGAUUCUCCGUUCGAUUGCCCGUGGGGGUGCUAGAACGAAACGGCCGUAGUACGAUCAAAAUAUGACAAGAUCGAUUGGCGUACCGUUUGCGUGCCGAAUAUAGACCAGUUUGCAAACGAAAAGUGAAAGAGCCAAUGACAUUUGACCUAGUAUCCAUAGGAGGUCCGGUGGGCAGUUCGUCUAUCAGAAGUUGGAGGUAAGUGGUCUGUAGUGGAGAACUGAGCUGACAAAAAAAUUCGCGGCAGGCGGCAUACAGUUGUGUGGACCUCAUUCUGACGGACGCACGCGGUAACUUCUAUCGUAACUUGAUCUCGACUGCUACGUGCGCUGUUGGUGCAAUCGACUUUUGUUACGUCGAGCAGCUGUGAACCAGUCCAGACCUGCAGCAACACACGCAGUUAGUCGAGGUGCAUUUGCUCAUUCUAUCCGCUCGCAAUAAUGUUACUCGAAACACUUUUAAAAUGCGUCCGCCAGGGAAGGCAAUUAAAAUGCCUGGAGGCUCAAAGUUCACUGUUCGGUGUUCCGACGCAAGAUGUUGGAACAUUAGAGAACUCACAGAUUGCUUCCCGCUAUACGCUGCAUGUGCAUGGGAAUCAGUCUAAACGGCAGCAGACUCAGCUACGAUCCAGGUAGAAGAGUGUUAAGGCUGGGCAGAUGUCUAACUUACCCAGAAACGAGCACCAAUUUUUUCGUCGUCCACAAAACAUAGUCAAAUUCAAAUUUGAAGAACUCGGGAAUCGAACCCGGGCCCUUUGGUCAACGAGUGUUAGACGCUCUCUCAUUGAGCCACGGGCCCUUUGUCCGACCACUUCGCUGCUCGAUGAUACGGCUUUGGCCCGAUUCUAUGGCCUCCUAAGGUGCACAAAGACGGCGCUCCUCUCCGACCCAUCGUGUCGCUCAAAGGGACUCCAACGUACGGACUGGCGAAGUGGCUGUUCCGGCGUCUCAAGUUCCUCACCGCUGAGUCAGACAUCACGGUCUCUUCGUCAGCACAAUUCCUGGAGAAACUCAAAGGGGUAAGAAUCCAUCCAAAUGAGGUCAUGGUAUCUUUUGAUGUUACAUCCCUUUUUACUUCUAUUCCCCAGGACCUGGCGAUCGAGACAAUUGAACUGCUACUACAAGGCGAAUACGCUGAAACGGAGAACCGUCUUGGACACGCCCAAAUCCUUCAGCUCCUGAAGCUCUGUCACAGGACGUACUUCACGUUCGACGGGACAAUCUACGAACAGGUGAAGGGCACACCAAUGGGUUCGCCAAUUUCGGGAUUCGUCGCCGAGGCGGUCCUGCAACGGUUAGAGUCGCUGGUCUUCCAACACCACAGACCGAAAUUCUGGGCCCGGUAUGUGGAUGAUACUUUCGUCGUCAUCGAACGGGAUCAGGUGUUGCCAUUCCAAGAACAUCUCAACGCCGUCUUCCCGGACAUUCAAUUUACGAUGGAGGAGGAAGAGAACAACCAGCUGGCCUUCCUGGAUGUCCUCGUAUGCCGCAAGGAUCGUGGUGGACUAAAGACCAAAUUGUUCAGGAAGGCGACAAAUACGAUGCAAGUACUGAACUUCAACAGUAACCACCCAAUCAGCCACAAACGCAGUUGUGUAAGGACGCUCUAUCGGCGUGUCGAAACGCACUGCAGUGAGCCGGAAGACAAAAUUGCUGAACUACAAUACCUCCGACGGGUCUUCAAAGCCAAUGGCUACCCGCGCAACUUCGUCGACCGGUGCAUACGCAAAAGGGACGAAAGGCCUAACCGCACGGACACCAAGUCUUGGCGGGCACUUCCGUAUGUCAAGAACGUUUCGGAAGCUGUCGGCCGCCUUCUCGCAUCACUUGGGGUUGGAGUGGCACACAGACCGGAGGCAACCAUCAGGCGUCUGAUCAUGAAACCGAAAGACCCACUGCCACGGCUAGAAACGUCUGGAGUCGUUUAUCGGAUCUGGUGCAGUUGCGGACAAGGCAACUACGUCGGACAAACCAGGAAGACAGCUCCGAAGGAGAAUGGCCGAACACGCGGCAGCGGUGCGCAGAAAUGACGCCAGCUCUCAAGUUGCGGCCCAUUCGACGAGACCCGGCCACACAUUUAAAUUCGAUGAGGCCGAAAUUCUCGCAAGAGGUGACAACCGCGUGAGCCGAGAGCUACUGGAAUCAUGGUUUACUGGCCCCCAGUCCAUCAACAAGUGCAACGAUCUUCCCAUUCAAUACAGCGUGCUGAGACUUCGUCUAGGCGGAGUAAUUGGCCACGCGGGGAGCGCACUGGUGAACACUCUUCCCAACACUCGGGUCAACGCAUCAGAUAGUCGAGCAGUCAUCACGCCAACAUCCAACGCACGUGAUGAAAUUGCGGCAAUUAUCGACUCGAAUGUCGGCCAUCAAGCAAUGAUCACCCCAAGUGUGACAAUCCCGGAUGAAGGGGGAAGCCGUGAACGUUCAUAGGCAGGCGGUAGCAUGGCUGCUGCAUCCUAUAAAUACCGCAGCCCCUUGUGCAACAACCACCCGUUUCUGCUCUUUUGUCUCUGAUGAUGGAUUCGAGUAGGAAUCCGAAACGUCAGACUAAUAAAGCUCUUGUCCCGGCGAUCGUGUCUCCUUCUUCAAUCUGGUGUCCUCGCAACGGCCUCAUAGCAACCAAUUAUUUUUGCGGGAGGUAUAACUGGCAAAUACAAGUACGCGUGACCGUUCGACCUUCGUUACUGACGAGGUCUACCGGUUGCUCAAAAGCAUGCUGAGAGCGAGGCGGCGACGUGCGCGUGAACUAGUCUAUGGUGAUAGCAGACUUGAGCAGCGUCCGCUGCACUUUAUCCUCCUCCCUCCCGCUAGAUAUGCUGUCAAGGCAUAGUCAAGAAGAUGGGAGGCGAAAGAGGAGGCAGGCGGCUGGCGCCGUGAACCCCCGCAUUUGGGCGUACUGCCAAGCCCCCCCCCCCGGUCUACAGUGUACAAUGAUCAGAAUUUUGCCCCAAAACGCAAAUGGGGGAGCGGUCCGGAUACAAAUUUGCGCGAAGUAAACCGGCAACGGGGGGGGGGCUGUCAACAUACCCCAAUGUUGCGAUGUGUUAUGGUUGCGCAUUCCCGAUAACGCCGGCCAAACUCCCACCUAACCCCUGUGUUUUUGCAGCGCAUCUUCCUCGCGGCUCGUUUUCGGGGGGGGGGGGAGAGGGUGAACAAAUAUAUGUAUUUGAGAAGCUGGAAACGACCAUCCUAGUCUCACCCGUCUUCGUUGGUAGGUAUUCCUGUAUAAUUAGUGGUUGGUGUGUGACAGUCUGCAAUGGUUCUAAAUGGGGCCCCAAGGAGAAAGAUGACGUGAAUGCCUCUAAACCUGAUCAACGAGAAAUUCAGCGCCUAAUUAGAUCAACACCCGCUUUCUAAGUAAUAUUGGCUACUCAGAGGAGAAGCCAGGGAGAGAAGUGCUAAGUCCAGGGUAGCUUUGGUACCUACAAGGAUACUUUGCAUACAUUCUUCUUAUUCUUUGUUGCUCUCCCGUAAUUAUUCCUUCUUUGCUCAAAAAAUAUCUGUUGAUUUUAGAAGGAGUCCUCCGAAUGCACUCUUCUGCUGGCGGUGUUUCUUAUGCCUUUAUAGUCGAUAUUAUCCUACAACGGCAUUUAAAAACGGUCAAGCAAUUUGCAGGUAGAAUUUUGGAUAGCGUUACCCAUCCCCUGCAUUCUGAUUUUAUCUCUGCGAAGUCUUUCCGCUCCAUAUGCCGUUGCUUUCGACUUAUCUCUUGUCGUACAUCGGCAUAUCGACCUUCACUGUUGCCAUUCCUGGCGCGCUAUCUUACGUGUGAAGAGGCAUAAAUACAGAAGCUGAGACUCGAAUUGUCCGCAUAAUAUUUAAUACUUUUGCGCAAAUAUUUUGCCUCUUGAGUAAUUUAGUAUCUUAUUUACUGCCUACAGUGAAUGAGGCCUAUUUUUGCGGAAAAUUUUGAGUUUGUAAUUUUAAUAUAAAGCGAUUUCCUCUUUCCCUGUCUUUGUUCACUGGAACACACGGCCUCCGUUUUGGUCGAAUGACUUUCCUAGACUUCCUACGGGCCUUUUAAUAGAUAUGACCGAGUAGUGAUUGCUGAGGACUUCAAGACAGACGUAGAAGGGUUUGCGUGAUUGUUUCUUUGCACUUUCUGAUGUUGAAUAGGCUGAGACGAUCUGGGGCUUUGACUUCGGUGAAAGAUUUCGACCCAGUCCAGAUCUCUGACUCCCGGCUAUUGGUGGGACUUUGAGUUAUCAUCUAGCCUUCCUAUAUUGCAUGACAUCUUGCACGAAAGCAAUUUCCCAACAAUAAAUUUACUUCUGUCGUUGAGAGUGCUCCUUAGCGCUUUAUGAUGUGCUUAUUAUUCCUUUAGGCAGAGUUCUGGUGGUCGUCCUUCUAAGCCACAAUCAGUACUAGUGAAAAGCCUACUCAUAAACAUCUUCGAGCAGUUGUACUCUUCACUUGACCAGUGUCUUUUACGAGGCAUCUUAAUUUUCUUCAGCAUUCUUGCAAACUCUGUCGGAGCAGUCGUGUUCGUGGCCUUCGAGUACUCCAAGUUACUAAAAUUAGCAACUCGUGUUUUGCUUCGUCCGCUGGCUGGCAUUCUAGGCCGGUGAAAACAAACCCGGCUUCUGUCAAAACGCACUGACCUUCUGCAGAGGUCCUUUUGAUGAUUUAUGGGCUGUUUUGGGAGUUCCUUUUUGAACUUCAGGAAUUUGGCUUAUUUCCAAACAGCCACGUGUGCAAAAAGUGCAUUUGGCAGGGCGACAGUUAGUCUUUUAAGUGCGAAUUCCCUAUCCCAGUGAAACAACAGGCCUUGUGACUCCUAUUUUCAGCCACCUAGACAAGAGAUGAGCACGCAACUAGCCGAGUCUGUCUGGUCCAACCAAUCACAGCGCUUUCUAAGACACAUCGAUUAUUUCUCCCAUCUGAAAUUACCGUACAUAGCGGAAAAUACGGCGGAAAUGGGUCGGUUGGCUGAGACACCCUGUAUUGCGUUUUCUCAUGCCUUUUAGAUUUACACGUCACAGCCUUAUUGGACUAGGUAUAGGAAAAUAAAAUACCCACAGUGGGAGCCACUGAAUCCGUUAGUGAAGCCGGGAGGGAAACAGAAAGCGCACCGAGAAUGAGAUUCCGCGAAUAGGAUAGGCAACGGUAGGGUGUACGACCCCAAUUAAUUUCAGGUGGCCUGUGGACCGUGUCAUACGGCAAUUGGGGUAGAGGCAGUUUUACGGGUGAAGCAGCAAGCUGAACGAAGAGCAGGUGGAAUUCAAGAAAAUACAGGAAAUAAUUAAAUUUCUGUCUAAGGUCUUAUUUUACGCUGUCAUAUGACAAAAAAGUGAUUGCGAGAAUCAAAAAAAAAAUAAACGAAAUCAAUUUUCAAAAAUAAACGGAAUUUGGAUUAACUGCCGCUGGUAAAUUUCCAUGCCAUCAAGAAUUUAAGAAAAGACAACGGUAGAGCUAAGUAUCCUAUGUGGCUGUCGUAUGCACUUAGAGUAUGCAGUCCGGGCCUGGCGACUGUGGUUGACAAAGGAUUAUCGAAAAAUGAAAAGAGUACAGGCGAUGGCAACGAAGAUGGUCAAGAAUCUUCAUCAUUUGCCUUACGAAACUAGGCUGACCGAACUAAAUCUAUUUCCUCUAAAUUACAGGCAACUGCGCGGCGACCUCAUUCAAACCUACAGGAUUGUCAGAAGCCGUGAGUGUGCCAUAGACUAUGAUGAAUUCUUCGAAUUGGCCGGGACUGACCGUACGCGUGGUCAUCCCUUCAAACUGUAA